AUGGUCAAAUACUGCGGGGCUAAGAAGUGUGACUUGAUCGACCUUCUGAAUGCGGCGACCACAUCUAGAGAACGUAACAAGGUCGUAAAGCAGUUAAAGAAAUUCGACCCUUGUCCAAGACGCGAGCUUGACGUUGAGUUUGAGGCCAAAGACUGCAGCUGCAAGAAGUACAACCAGACGCAGUAUUACAUGUGCUGGCGAUGUGAUAAACCGAAAACGACGAACGUUAAGGUCAUGUGGAAUAGUCCCAAAGGCUUGAAAAUAAUCUGCAAUACAUGCUACUUCGCGUUGAACGCUAAUGCAGAUCUGGAGAAGGCGAGGAGAGAAAACGCCCAGAACUACAGCUUCAUGAAAAAGAAGUAG